AUGCAAUUUGCCUCAGCUAUAGUUGAAUUGACGGUAUGGUGCUCUCUUAAAUGCCCUCCCCAGUGUACAGAUGGCUGUCAUGGGACGAGCAAUGGAAAAUGCAUACCAUGUAAAAACUUCAGCCUUGGUACCUCCUGUGUUGAUAGCUGUCCUAAUAACUACUAUGUAGAGAAAAAACAUCAUGUGACUGUUACAACUGUAUCUCCUGGAAUUGUAUCGACACAUCAGAAUGUCGCCAGUCAACCUCACCAUCAUGAUGUACCAAUCCUUCCAAGUGUUAUGGUGGAGACAAAGUCUAUGUCACAUACAGAAAACACUGACAGAAACCCAUAUAAAUCCACUCAAAGACCAGAUUUACAAACACUUAAUAAUAAUAGUUUACGUGACAACGCUGUCUAUCAAAGUGAUGUAGAUUUGCCUGCUAGUAACGUCACCAUUGGGGGAGAAACUGCUGGGCAAUCAGGCAAUAGUACUACCCAGCCAGCAAAUCAACCUGAAGAUAAUUACCAUGAUCAACCAGACUUGCUUAGUUUUGAAAACAUCUGCCAGCCAUGUCACAAAGAAUGUGACUGUUGCCACGGUCCUUUGUCGUCUGACUGUCGCAGUUGUCGUCACAAAAAGCACAGGAAUGACUGUAUUUCAAAAUGUCCUUCCUGGACGCUUGAAUUCAACAAUUCCUGCUAUGAAUGUCGAAAUGAAUGCUAUAGGAAAUGUAGAGGAGUAGAUCCACGUGAUUGCAAGUAUUGUAAGGCUGUUUUCAAUGACACGUGUAUGGAAAUAUGCCCAACUGAUUGUGAUCCAGCAGCUUGCCAAAUUAUAGGAUCAGCUGGUGAGAAAAGCAGACAAAGACAUAAAGAUUCAAUUUUAUUGCCAAUUCUGAUCGCUAUAGCCACUGGUUUAUUGAUUUUUAUGUUAAUCCUCGUAAUUAUAUGUAAUUGUAAUAGACAUGGUUUGUCCGGAAACUAUAUCAUUCCCUCCGACAUUCAGGUACCAUUUCAAAGUUUCGAAAAUGUUCAAACUCCAGAUCUUCUUAGAAAGGAUCUUCCUGAUUUAGAGACUGAAGAAAAAGAUGAUAAAGAUGAAACAAAGAAAUCUGAAGAUCAUGAUGAAAUUCUUAAUAUUAAAGAUGAAACAGAGAAAUCUGAGGAUCUGAUGAAGAAAAGACCAGAGCAAGAUGGUGUGAUGGAAUGUGAUGGUGGACCAGAGUGUAACAUCGGACCAGAAACAGAGCAUGAACCAGAAUACAAUGCUGGAUCUGAUAUAAGACAACAAACUAUAGAUGUACCAGAUGGCUUUGGUGAAAUGCUUCUUGCAAAACAAGAAGCAGAUGAUCAUUCCCAAAGACUCCCAAUGAAAUGUUUGGACUCAACAGAAGACAGCAAAUGUCUGGAUCAUAAAGAUGCAUCAUAUCCUCUGCUGCAAUUGAAACAUGCUGAUGUGCCUUUGAGAAGUGAAGCUACUGAUGCAUCUAUCUUUUUAGUACAUGAUGUAAAGGAAUUUGAUUCUGCUACCUCAUCACUAACCAAGAAUGGCACUACGGCUGUUUCUCCCAAUCAAAUCUAUCUUGAUGUGAGCAAGCAUGCCUUGAGCGUAAAUAAUGACAUGAAGGCAGCUGUAAGUGAAAAUGAUUCUGACAUUGGAUCCUUAUAUUCCUUUGUCUCAGGGAGUGAAGCUGAUUCUGGUUUGGGAUCACCGCUUGCUGCUCGACACAAGAGCGAGGGCAUCUCAAGUGUACAACAUGGUAGCUUGUAUAAAAGUGACUCAACAACGAUUCAAAUAGGAAACAUAUCUGUUGACAUUGGAAAGAAUACCGAUAGUAUGAGCACCCUAGCUGACAGUGCUUGUGAUCUUUCAUUUAAACAAGAAUUUGCAAGACUGUCCGGCUGGAAUGCUGAUGUAUACAAUACAGACUCUGAAGGUGAUGAUGAUGCUCGAUGGAAAUUGGUCCCACAAAAUGAAAUGAUGCGUGUCAUCAAGAAAACAGAUAUGACGAUGUUUCCGAUUCAUUUCACUGGAUUUAAAGGUGGAGCCGCGGAAGACAAAUGGAUGAAAAUCUUCAUUAUCGGAAAAGAAUUGAAACGAGGAGACUUCAUGUAUCCCUUUGAGGUCAAGAUGUGUAAUAAACUGGAGUCAGAUAUUAAGAGUAUCUUGGACAAGGCAGCUGAAUCGGGAUGCAAAGAACUGAAGAGUGAUGAGAUUAUGAUUUGCGAUAUUAAAAAUGAAGGGAUUACUAUGCUAGUGGAUCAGUUACAAGAUGGAUGGAAUGUUAGAGGUCAUUCAUCUAAGAUAAUUCCAUACCAGUACAUUUGGAGUUCUGAGCACUUUGGUUCUGUGACCAAGGUACCAUGCUGUUCAUUCCAGUUGGAUUUAGUUGAUCGGUCAUCUCCCGAGGCGUCAUGUCUUGUUAGUGGUGACGUACAUACCUUCCAGGAAAGUAAACGUGAACUUGACGUGGUACUGCAUUUGCAUUCCGAGAUUCAACAACGUGAAGAAGAAGCUUACCAACGCCAUGAUGUUUCAACCUCCCUCAGAAGAUCAUCGGACACGACACCGAUCCCGAGCGGUGCAUGUUGUUCAUCGGACACACCUUCCACAAGAUUCUUAUCACGGCAAGAUGAACUAAAACCGACAGCAAUGAUGAAGCAAUUUUUAACAGAUCACAUUAGUCGCGAAGUCUGUGUGCUGCUUGAUGAGCUGAAAGGAGACGGUACUGAUUGGCGUUCAUUAGCUCAGGAACUUGGUGUGAACGAUCUUAUAACACAUUUGAAGCAAAAACAAGACAUCGGUGAAAGUCCAUCGCGGUAUUUAUUGGAUUUCUACUUUGCUGAACAAUGUAAAGUGCAACCACCACUUAAAGAUGAAGAUGUUGUCACAAAACUUAUAUCAUUAUUGUACAAGUUAAAUAAAGGCCAGGCUGCUAAUGUCCUUGAAGAAUUUUCAGCAAAACAUAUUUGUAAGCCCAUUUAGUUUUGAGUAACCGGGCUAAAAAUCACAAAGUUAUGACACAUGCCUCUUAUACUGAUUGAAAGCUGACAA